UGGUGCAGCGUUGGGAGUAGCUGACUUGCAGUUUGCAGAUCCUGAAGUUUCCCUCGUCGUCUCCCCUUCCCUCCGUGCACUGGUUUGCAUUCGCUGCUGACUAACGCGCCCUCUUCUUCCCUUUUGUUUUCCGCUCUCGCUGCGGGGAGAGUUAAACUGGCAUUCAUGCCGUUCUUUAAAGCUUCUGGGGUGUUUUCUGGCUCGCAUCACUGGCUGCAGCGGGAAGCUGUAGGAGAGAGGCUCCACGCUGGAGCGAGCAGGCUCCCAGUCGAGAUCCCGGCCUGGUCUGACGUGGCAGCAGCGGCAGAGGUGUGGCGGGGAGGGAGCUGGUCCCGGCCGCCGUCCGGGCCGGUUGCCGGGGGGGAGCUCCCCUCCCGCGGCUCCUCCGCCAGCCCGCCCGGGUGAGGAAGGCUUGUUCUUCCUCCCGGGUUCUGUACCUGCUUGCUCCAGGUCCGUGUGAUGUGGUUUUCGUUUCUAGUGUACGUACGGUGUGGUGGUUGGAGGGAAUUGCAAGCAGUUCGGAGUGCAGCAUAGCUGGUUUCUGUCAGAAAACUAGGAGUUGUUGUAAUUCAAAAUGGGUAUUUCGGUGCUUGUGUGUUACGUGGAGCAGGCCACGGACCCUGGAAAUGCCCAUUUUUGCGGUGGACUGGGGUGUGACUGUGAGCUUGGCUUUGAAGAAAUGAGCUUCUCCUUCAUUAGUAAGAGUGAUUAUACUUGAAAUCUGUUUGCCAUGCGUUGACAUGCAAUACUGUUCAAAUACUGAGUUAACGCUGUUGAACAGAUGUAUCUGUAAAGUCUUCACAGUUAAGAGCGUGAAGAAUUAGUAUAAGCUGCAACCUGAGAGAACUGAAAAUGGGGAAAUGAAAGAGAUUUGCACUACAGGUAUUUCUGGGAAAAGCCAGCUUCUGUUUGCACUGGUCUUCACUACCCGUUAUCUGGACCUCUUCACUUCAUUCAUUUCAUUGUAUAACACAUCUAUGAAGCUUAUCUACAUUGCUUGCUCAUAUGCCACUGUGUAUCUGAUCUACAUGAAAUUUAAGGCUACCUAUGAUGGAAAUCAUGACACAUUCAGAGUGGAGUUUCUGAUAGUUCCUGUUGGUGGACUCUCAUUUCUUGUCAAUCAUGACUUCUCUCCUCUGGAGAUACUGUGGACCUUCUCCAUCUAUCUUGAAUCGGUUGCUAUUCUCCCUCAACUUUUUAUGAUCAGCAAAACUGGGGAAGCAGAGACCAUCACUACUCACUAUCUUUUCUUCUUGGGUCUGUACCGUGCCUUGUACUUAGUCAACUGGAUUUGGCGCUACUAUUUUGAGGGAUUUUUUGACCUCAUAGCUGUUGUUGCUGGUGUGGUCCAGACCGUUCUUUACUGUGACUUCUUCUAUUUGUAUGUUACAAAAGUACUCAAGGGAAAGAAGCUCAGUUUGCCAGCGUAAGUGCCAAAAAAACCAUCACCAGCAUCUGUCCUUUUGGAUGCUUGGACAGAACAAUCCUUAUCACAAGCAAAGGCGAAGAUGCUUGAGACAGAAAGUCAGAAACACAGCUCUUUCUAGUGCAGGUAGUCAUCAGCGGCUCUGUAAGAACGGAGGAAAAACAACCAGCAGAUUUCUGUUUGAUGCAUCUUGCCUUUAUCUUUUUUAUUACUAUGUAUAAAGAUUUUUUACAUAAAGAAACUUAUACUGUAUUAAUAAAUUCAGUGUAUGGUUUCAAUUGGAAUAGUUCCAAAAGUGAGAUUUUUGUGAGAUUGUUUAUGACCAGGAACAAGUGCAAACUUUUUUUUUUUUUUUAUUAUUAAUUUUCAAGAAUUCCUUUGAAAUGACUGGGAGUUUAUUCUUUUUUUUUUUUUUGUCUCCAGUGCACAGAUAUGUGCAUCCUUGAUGGAUGGUAGUCAUCUGUUCUUUCCCUUGGAUUCAAUUCUCAUUCCACUAUAUUUAUUUUUUUCCAAAAGGUGAAUAUAUGUCAACUCUAAAUCUGAAACCACCGAUGUUGAUGUGAUGUGCUGGUGCCCAGUCUUUGUGCCAUCUGCUGACAUGGGGUUCCUUAUUUAAAAUAAAUGUUGGUGCCAGAAGGGGAGCAGUCCCAUUUUCUAGUUGUUCCCCUCCUGAAACAGGCUGAUGGCAAGAGGGCAGUAAGGAAAUCUCUGGAGGCCACAAGGAUGGGCCCGUUCCUGAUUUGCCAUGAUCUUUGGGAAGGCAAUCCCAAUAAUGAAUGCACUUGGCAGCACAGGUCAUGAAGGGUAAGAGAUGCAGUUGUGUUGCUCAGUGGCAAAUGUCUGUGACUGUGCUCUUUGUUCAGGAACAGAAGGUUAAAUAUCUGAGACGUGCAGCCCGGCUACACCAUUACAGCUAUAGAAACGGGAGACGUGUAAGUUGCUGAUUACAGUAAUCUGUAGGUGAUCAUUUUAAACAGUAUCUACAUUUUCUUUUUAAUGAAUGCUUUAUAAGCAACUUCCAUGUUCAGCUUCAUGUGGUUUUUGAUGUCACUUUUGGACAAUUAAUAAUUUUUUUUAUAAACUUCUCAAAAUCAGCAGCACCAGUUUCCAUUCUUUAUCCUUUAAAUGAUUCCCUUUUUUUACUGAGCUGUUGCAUGAUUUAUCCUGUGUUACCAUCCUCAAUAAACACUUUAUGAAAUGGUGAAAA